CGCUGGUGGACGCCGCGGGUCUGUAGGGCUUUGAAAUUUUUGGCGGGGAAGCGCUGAGUAAAAGCUCCCCGGGUGGGAACUGAAGUGACGGCCCGAGGGAGCUGCCCGUCCGGGCGCUUCUGCGGCGGGACCGGGGCUGAGGCGCGCACGUGUGGGCGCCGCUGGCGGAGGGAGUGCCCGGUGGGGUCGCCGCCGGCCGGGCCAGGAGAGCGCUUGUGCCCCGCGAUGCUGCGGCGCCCGGACUGCGCCCGACUGUGUUGCCGCCUGCCCCGGUUCGCCUCGCCUCAGCUCCGGAAAGGGCAGCGCCGCUGCCGCUGAGUCCCCGAGGGCAUGCCAGCGGGCCUUACGGAGCCGCCGGGCGCCGCUGCUCCGGUGGUCGCGAGCGCCUCGGGGACCGUGAGCAUGGCCCCCGCCGCCGCGCUGCCCGUGCGGGUGGAGAGCACCCCGGGGGCCCUGGGUCCUGUGACUAAGGCUCCUCCUGGCAGUGUCUGCGUGGAGUCCGUGGCGCCCCAGCCCCUGCCAUCCCCAGUGGGGACGCUAGUGACCAAAGUGGUUCCUGUCACGGCUCUUCCUAAACUCGGCAGCCCCAGGCUGCCAGCUCCUCAGAUAGUCACCGUGAAAACUCCGGGCACCACGACGAUCCAGCUGCCUGCUAAUUUGCAGCUGCCUCCAGGGACAGUUUUGAUCAAAAGUAACAAUGGUCAGUUGAUGCUGGUAUCUCCUCAGCAAGCUGUAACAGGAGCCAAGACCACAAGUAACAUAACUCCAAGGCCAGCAGUACCAGCAAAUACUCAAACAGUCAAGAUCUGUACCGUGCCGAAUUCUAGCUCACAAUUAAUGAAGAAAGUAGCAGUGGCUCCUGUUAAUAAUUUGACACAGAUAGGAACUCCUGUGGCAUCCACUGCCUCCAGUGCUUCCUCAGGACAAUCUGUGACUGUACCUCCUGUCAAGCCAGUGAAUACUGUAACUAUCCUGAAGCCAUCAAGUGUGGGAGUAUUAUCUACCCCCUCAAAUGACUCCAGUCUCAAAGCAGAGACCCCAGUAGCUGCUCAGAUUAGUCUUUCUCCGGCAGUGCUAGAAAAUGUGAAAAAAUGUAAAAACUUCCUUUCAAUGCUAAUAAAACUCGCUUGUAGUGGAUCUCAGUCUCCAGAAAUGGGGCAGAAUGUGAAGAAGCUGGUGGAACAACUCUUGGAUGCAGAAAUUGAAGCAGAAGAAUUUACUAGGAAACUAUAUAUUGAACUCAAGUCUGCACCUCAGCCACACCUUGUACCUUUUCUUAAGAAGAGUGUGGUUGCCUUAAGACAACUUCUCCCUAACUCCCAGAGCUUCAUUGAGAACUGUGUUCAGGAACUCUCUGGUGAGGUGGUUGUUCCCUCCUGUACCACGACAGCAACAACUUCUGUGGUGACAAGUACUGUUUCCCCCGUCCUUGGCUCUGGAGCAGCAGUGCCCAGAACUCUGUCUGUUCAGACUCUGAAUCCGCUUUCUGGUCCAAGAGGAGCAAACACUGGGGUUGUGACACUACAUCCUGUGGCCCCAGCUGCUGUAACAGGGGGUACAACACCUACGACUGUGUUGCUGCAGACUUCAAAACCACUUACAACGUCGGUACCAAAUCCAGGGACAGCAGUCUCCUCCCUUCAGCCUGAGAAGCCAGUUGUGUCUGGGGCAGCAGUUACACUGGCCCUUCCAGCAGUAACUUUUGGAGAAACUUCGGCUGCACCUCUUUGUCUUCCUUCUGUAAAGCCUGCCAUCACCUCUGCUGGGACCAAACCUGAAAAACCUGUCAUUGGCCCUCCAGUCCAGAUGAAACUUGCACAGCCAGGCCCCCUCCUUCCACAGUCAGCUGGCAUUCCACAGGCGGUCAAAGUCAAGCAACUAGUAGUUCAACAGCCUUCAGGAGGCAAUGCAGAUCAAGUGACCGCUAUUUCCCAUUCAUCACCAUUGACCGCUCAGAAAUGUGGACCGAAGAUGCUAGCGAAUACUAUAGUGCCUACUACUUCCAUCAUAAAACAAAUUACUCUGCCUGGAAAUAAACUUCUCUCGCUUCAAGCUCAUACAUCUUCUAUUCAUAACAAUAAAAUAAAAGAGAAUGGAGCAACACGCUUCAGAGGUGAAGAUGACAUCAAUGAUGUGACUUGCAUGGCAGAGGUCAACCUUGAUGAAGAAAAUGCCUGCAUCUUAGCAACACAUUCUGAAUUUGUUGGCACACUCAUUCAGUCAUGCAAAGAAGAACCAUUUCUUUUCACUGGAGCUCUACAAAAGAGAAUUUUAGACAUUGGUAAAAAGCAUGACAUUACGGAACUUAACUCUGAUGCUGUGAACUUGAUCUCCCAUGCAACACAGGAGAGAUUACGAGGCCUUCUAGAGAAACUAACUACAAUUGCUCAGCAUCGAAUGACUGUUUACAAGGGAAGUGAAAAUUACAUCUUGUCUACUGAUACCCGAUCACAACUCAAAUUUCUUGAACAGCUAGACCAAUUGGAGAAACAGAGAAAGGAUCUAGAAGAAAGAGAGAUGUUACUAAGAGCAGCCAAGAGCCGUUCCAAUAAAGAAGAUCCAGAACAGCUGAGAUUAAAGCAGAAGGCCAAAGAGUUGCAGCAGUUGGAGCUCGCCCAGAUCCAAUACAGAGAUGCUAAUCUCACAGCUCUUGCAGCUAUUGGACCACGGAAGAAGAGAUCACUAGAAUCAGGAAAUGAGGGCUUCAAAGAUAACCCUUCUGCUUCUGGGACGUCCAGCCUAAUAGCCACCAAACCAUUGCUUCGACCAAGAAUCACAAGAAUCUGCCUCAGGGACUUGAUAUUCUGUAUGGAACAGGAAAGAGAGAUGAAGUAUUCUCGGGCCCUAUACCUUGCCCUUCUGAAGUGAUCACUCCAUCCAUCCAUCCAUCCAUCCAUCCAUCCUUCCAUCCUUCUGUCCAUCCAUCCAGACGCUCACUGUUUACUGCCAAAGAAGAUCUAGAGAGCACUGUUGCACUGUCCUGAAAUCUCUGGAAAACAGUCACCAGUUUGGAAGACCACUGUUUACACCGACAAGCUCGCGCUUUCUUUUUUCUUUUUUUAAACUACAUUUUGUCCGUAUGUCCUGUGGGUUUUUGCAGAUGAGAAUUCAGAUGCUUUCUGAAAGUCAGUACUUUAGAGUAUACUUUAUAUAUAAGUAUAUAAAGUAUACUUUAUAUAGAAGUAUCACCUACCCACCUGAAUUCAAUUACAGCAGCUAGGGACUCCCUCUUAUCGUCUCCGUUUUCUGUUUGUUUUGUGUUUUCACACCAUAGCAAUAAGGUACCCCUCUCUGAUACAGACUGCAUCUAGAUGUAGGAGAAAGGAAGCAUCAGAAUAUAUCCUAUACUGAACCUGUCUCCUAGUAUUAGAUUUCAUGUCUGCAAUUAGAAGUUAGGUAGCUAACUGUGACAGGUACCUUCUGAAGUCAACAUGUGGCAAGCCACAGCAUAGGGUCACUCUUGACUUGGAUUAGCUGAGCUAGAAUUACAAACACAGCUGAUGGGACCAUUUGUGCCUGAGGUUGCUUCUCUCUGGCUCCCCACACUGUACUGUUUAUGAUACCUAGUGAGGCAUCCUUGUCAGCUAAGUUUCAAAGCUGAGUUGCUACUGAUAUACCUCACUGAAAAAUGGAAAAACUAGAAAAUACUAGAAGGAAUAUGAGGCCUUGCAUUCAAAUUGACAAGGGAAAAAUGAAAAUGGCAAUAUGAAACAGAUAGGCAUACCAUGUGCCCAAGGAGGGUGACUGCACUUGGAAUGACAAAGCUGGUUCUUGUUUUGGUGAUGGCCAAAAAAACAGAAAAGAAAAGAAAGAGAGAGAGGAAAUCAUAGGUCAAUCAAAGAAGAAAACCUGGCAAACAUUUAGUUACAGUAUUUCAAAAGAUGCCUUUUUUUUUUUUUGUAUUAUCUUAUUUCCCAAGAUGGAGUUCUUUCUCUCUUUUGUAUGUUUUAAGCAUCUAGUGCUUUUCAAAACCUCUAACUGCUGGCAAGAACAUUCUAGGACACCCUUCGGUUGUCUUAGAGGUGCUUUCAGUGUUUCACCCUUGGGCUUGUGGCUCUGUGAGCAACACAUUAUGUACCACUCUGCACGGAGGAAUCCGAUACUCAAGACACCUCCCCUCUUUUUUAAAUCUACCUAUGUAAAUUAUAGCUGACAAAAAAAUAAUAGUGGAAUUGAAAUCACAUACCAAAAGAAUGUCACACCGUCCUCCCAGAAGAUAAUUAAAGGAAAAUACUAGGGGAGAGAUCCAGGGGGAACACCUCUAGUUUAUCACUAUACAUUCUGUUCUUCCCGCAGUAUCUGUUAUGGCCAUAUUCUAUAUUGUUAUAAGAGUUUAAUUGGCCACAGUUUUUGUUUUAGCAUGUUAUGUAAAAUGUCAUAAAUUAUGUAUAUGUUAAAAAAGUAACUUAACAAGAAAUCUAUAUCCAAAGUUGUUUUGUAUAUUUAAAUGCUUAGCUUUAUUUUUUGUAAAGUACAAUGUGCUUCCACAUUUGUGUAAUCUUAGUGAUCAGAUGUUUAAAAUUAUUUAAAAUACACCAUUAAAGCCAUUAUUUUAUGAUUAAAAAACCAACAAAACACAAAACUUUGCUCAGUCACUGACUUUGCAGCAGUUUUCAUUGGUAGCCAAUCCCUGGAGGGUUCUGAUAUGCCUGGCAGUGAGUCUCUUAUUUAUUUUGGACUAUGGACAUUUGGUUGUGGAAUCUCACUUAGAUCUAAGUUGCUGUAUCACUUCCUUUACAAUAAUUAUAAAUUUACCUGCUGUUUGACUCACAAAGAAGGCUAAACAUAGUUAUUAUAAAAGCUUUUCUUGGCCCGUUGAGUUUCUCUUACCAAGAUAAUCUUUUUCAAAAAUUUUAAUAGAAAGCCUUUUUGUGGUCUACACAUGUGUGGUGUAUGUAUGGGUGUCUUCCACUUUCACCCCUCUAUCUUACGUUAGAUAACAAAGGUCUCACUGAGUCUGGAGCUCACUGUUUGGUCAGGAGUGUCUUCCUGACUCUGCCUGUGAGCCCUGGGAUUUCAGGAGCUACCAACAUGGCUUUUCACACAGGUGCUGAACCUACACAUGGGACCGUAUGCUCACACAGCGGGAGCAUACUAACAUGGCCUUUCACACUGGUGCUGGGGACCCACACUUGGGACAGUAUGCUCACACAGCAGGAGCGUACCAGCAUGGCUUUUCACGUGGGUGCUGAGGACCACACUUGGGACCUUAUGUUCAGUCUGCAGGCCCUCUAGCCUCUGAGCCAGUUCCUGACUUCUUUAAUGUCAGUUCUGAAACCUGUGUUGUGGGAUGUAUAUUACACAGGGGAGAACAAACAUGUGCAUACAAAUUAUUACUCCACACAUUUGGCUUUGGGGUAGGUGCAUUUUCUUUAACACAAUAUUAAGGAGCAUUGAUAUAUUUUUUUUAAUGUGAAUGCUAUGGAUCCAACUCAGGUUGUCACAUUUGCACAGCAGUACUCUUACCCACUCAGUCGCUUCCCUAGCCUCAAUAGUCUUUUUCUUUUUCGAAAGAAACAUUAAAAAUAUUUUUUAUAUUUUGUGUGUGUUUUCAUGUGGAGGUCCGAGAACAACUAGCAGGAGUUGGUCUUUUUUAUGUGAGACUGGAGAUCACUUCAGGUCAUCAGGCUUGGCAGCAAGUGUCCUUAACCUGCUGAGACUGGAGAUCACUUCAGGUCAUCAGGCUUGGCAGCAGUUUACUGACCCAGCAAGCACAUUUAAAACAUAGAAAACUCUUUAAACUUACACAUGACAUAUUUUGUUUCAUUAGGAUUUUUUUGAGAGAAAUUUAUUUAGAAUUAAGAUUUUAUACUAGUGAUGAUAUGGUUCAAGCAGAAAACACAGCAAUGCUAAGGCAUAAUUUUUAGGAACGUUAACAGGACCAAGGUACUUGCUGAUUUGAACUUUAUUACUAUGUCUGUUGUAGAAUCAGUUAAGUGUGUCUACAAAUUGCCCUCAAAAGUUUCAGUUAAUAUUCUGCAGAGGGGGAAAAUUACAUUGUGUCACGUGUGACUAUAACCUAGUAGAGAGUUUUGCAUUGUACCAUUCUUGUGAUAUUCUGUCUCAUUUUUCAGUGUCACAUAUAGGCUUCAGGGAAAGCCUGUGAGGGAUUAUCUUGAUGAACUUUAUUGCCUAAUCUACAGCACACACAGCUUGUCUCAUAGGUUCAAGCUGACUCUGCUCUAGCAAGUUUUUGGUGGUCAUCCCAUGGUACUGACAUCUCCAAAAUCCUGGGGUCUCUACAAAUGGCCUGUAUCUUUGUCGGUAGCCUUUCAUGGCCUGUCCUCAAGGACUUUAACUCUUUCACAUAGUGCCAGGCCUCCAUUUCUCUCCAUGAGCCCUCUACCUGGGUCUAUAGCAACUAAGUUGUAUCUGUAUCUUGGCCAAUGGACUUUCCUUAGGGUUUGUAUCCCUACCACACGGCACCAAGACUCAGCGGCUCUCCAUGAACAUUUCAUGCCUUUAAAACCAGUACCAGUGAGUGACCCUUACACUAUCAACAUCAGCUAACAGCACAUGAUACAUUCCUGGAUGGCUCUGGAACCAGCUUCUGUGUGCUGAUCCAGAGGAAAGAUUUCACGUCAGUGAUGUCAGUCUCUUCUUAAUCACUGCUGAUUUCUCAACUUCAGUUGACUAGUAUAAACUGUCAGAGCAAAACAAAAGAUUUAACAUUAGUGGCUCUGGUCUCUUGUAAAACACAGCCAAUUCUGUCGGCUAGUUCUGUGUGAACUUGACACAAGAUAGAGUCUUCUUUAGUAGAAGGAACCCCAAUUCAGAAAAUGCCCUUUCCUGGUUUGUCUGUGGGUAAGCCCAUGGUGCACUUUCUUGAUAGGUGUUUGAUGGACAAUUCAGCUCUGUGGGUGAUGCCACCACUGGGCUAGUAGCCCUGAGUGCUGUAAGAAAACAUGCUGAGCAAAUCAGUAAAUACCACUCCUGUGGCCUCUGCCUCUGCUCCAGCUCCUGUCUCUAGUUCCUGUCCUGUUGCUCUUACUUCCCUCAGUAAUGUACUAUGUGAUGUGGAACUGUAAAUUGAAAUAAAC